AUGGCGUACCUCUCCUUUCUCCGCUCUCCCACGACCGCGGCUCUGGCCGACGAUGCCUCCCUGAAUUACAUCACCACCACGACGGCCAUCAAGGAGCCGACCGCCAUCUUGAAGCACAUCGCUGCGCAGUCGAAGCAGCUGGAGAAGAAGGAAGAGAAGGUGCUCAAUGUCAUUGAGGGCGACGAUGGAUGCUGCGUCGAGACUCUCACGACCCUGCUCUUCCAGUCAGGCGGCGGCGCAUACCUCCCGAGCAUGGACUCCAACCUCCUGGACGAGCGCGAGGUCACAUUCGCCGUCACACACGUGGUGACGUACAAUUCGGAGUCGAAGAUCCGGCAGAUUCGUCUGUACUGGGAUCAGGGCACACUACUGAAGCAGGUCGAGGCCAUUGGCAGGACCGGUCGCAACUGGCCGAUCCGAGAUGGCAAAGCGCAAGCCGACUUUGUGACUGCCAGCGUCAAGGCUGGCAACAGCGGCGCGCCCGGCAACGGUAAUGGCAACCACAAGCCAUUGGCUGCCCGCGACCCCAACGAGGUCGUCAUCAGCCAACACAGCAAACGUGACAGUUUCUCGGCGACCCGCGACCCACACGCCAGUCUGUCGCUGUUCUCUGAGCGUGAUUCAAACGACUCCGGACGCUCUUACGAAGGACCAAAGUACUCCACUGCAAAGUCGGCCAAGCCUGCUCCGCGCGAGUACGACGAGCUUUUCACCAACGGAGAGAGUGCUGCAGCUCAUGCGAUUGCUGGUAGAAGCAGCUCCCCGCACAAGACCGACGGUACUAUCCUCAAGGCCGGUGCCGGUAAACAUUACGCUGGCAACCGACUUUUCGAUCAAGGCAAAGAUAUGGAAGAUUCGAGAUCGCCAGAGCGCAAGAAGACGUACAACCAGAAAUACGAGCAUUUCGCGUUCGGAGAUGGCGAGGAUGCCCCGACCAAGGAGAAUCGUCCUUUCAGCAAGGGACAGGGCGGAAAUAACAACACCACCUUCAGCUUCGAGGACUUCUCAACACCACCAAAGCACAUUGAGAAGCCAAGACGGGACGAUGAGCGUCACUGGGGCGCUGAUGUCGAUGAGGACUACCCACCCUCUCCUCCGAAGCGCCCGAUCGUCCACGCCCCUCGCAAAGAUGCCGACUCCCACUUCGACAUGACUGACGCAUCCGACGGUCCCGUGAAAGAGUACAAGGUUGGCAAGAGUCUUCAACGACAGAAGGGCAUGGGUCUCUACCAAGAUCCAACCAUGGAGGACGCGCGGACUUCAUAUGGCUCUCGAUCAGCCGAGAAGACGGUGUCGACGAACACGAACAACUCCCGCCGCGGCGAUGACUUCGGUCCUCACUACUCGAUGUCCGACAACUCUCCUGCCGGAUCAAAGGGUGCUCAAGCGCCUAACAAGCGUGGUACUCGCACGGAUCUGUCCACUAAUUGGGGCUUUGACGGCCAGGUCGAUGCGCCCAAGAAGAUUUACAAGACCGCCGGCGACGGUAUGGGUUCUCGCAAGGUCGCUGAAGAGCCGACGGCAGCACCGAAGAAGAUCUACAAGACUGCUGGCGAUGGAAUGGGAUCCCGCUCUGGUGGUCGAGCUUGGGGCAUCGGCGAUGGUAACUAUUGA